CAUGUGUUUGUCUGUGCAUCAAGGAGUUGGCCUUCGAGCAAAUAUUCGCUGACAGUCUGUCUCAUCUUCGUGGAACCCGCUUUUCUCUCCCUAUUGCGCCUCUUCAAACACCUCCCCUAUAUACUCUCUCUCCUACUUUCUACUUCCACCACCUCCCCUCUCUCUCUCUCUCUCUCUCUCUCUCUCUUUCCGGCUGGCCGGCGAUUGGGUCAAACCUCAUUGUUUGGCCAUGGCUUCCGUGAUCGAAUCUGCUUGGGCGUAUCUGAUUACAAAUUUCAACGACUUUCAAUUGGCGUGUCUUGGAAGUUUCUUUCUUCAUGAAAGCGUCUUCUUCUUGUCUGGACUUCCUUUCAUUCUUCUUGAAAGGGCAGGAUGGUUGAGCAAAUACAAAAUUCAGACAAAAAAUAAUAGUCCUGCAGCUCAGGAGAAGUGUAUCACUCGCCUGUUGCUGUAUCAUUUUUGUGUUAAUCUCCCAAUUAUGAUGGCAUCCUAUCCAGUCUUCAAAUUAAUGGGGAUGCGAAAUACUCUCCCGUUGCCGUCCUGGAAAGUGAUCUCAACGCAAGUAUUAUUCUACUUUGUCCUGGAGGAUUUUAUAUUCUAUUGGGGACACAGGAUUUUACAUACUAAAUGGCUCUACAAGCAUGUCCACAGUGUCCAUCACGAGUAUGCAACACCUUUUGGAUUGACCUCUGAAUAUGCUCACCCUGCUGAAAUUCUUUUUCUUGGAUUUGCUACAAUAGUGGGUCCAGCCAUCACUGGGCCCCAUUUGAUAACAUUAUGGUUGUGGAUGGUACUUAGAGUCCUUGAGACAGUUGAAGCACAUUGUGGUUACCAUUUCCCCUGGAGCCUCUCAAACUUCUUGCCAUUAUAUGGGGGGGCUGAUUUUCAUGACUAUCAUCACCGACUGCUCUAUACAAAGUCUGGAAACUAUUCUUCAACAUUUGUUUACAUGGACUGAAUCAAGAACAUUUACCUCAUCUUGGGAGUUGAUCCUUGCUGUCUCACAACCCCUGCGGAAAAAGAAAUAAUGAAGAAAAGAAUAUAUUAAAAAAUGGAAGAAUAGCAAAAUAUGGUGAAGGUCUGAAUUUUCUGAGGUUUGAUUCUCCUUUCUUACAAGUUCUACUUGAUGCUGCUCCAUAUGGAACAAGCCCUUUAAGAAAAGCCAUGAUUGUUUCUGUACAAUCAUACAGCCUCUGAGAGCAUGGUAAUGCCUCAAAUUUGAUUGGCCCUUCAAUAUUCAUUUUUCUAAAGUUCUAAAAUCAGAUUUUUUAAAGUGGAAUUGGUAUGCAAAUAUUACUUGGGUUCAUAACUUGAAUUAUGCAAAACCAAAAAAUCAGAGAGGCAGUUUACCAUCAAAACAAGUCAGGAGCCUUUGCAUUUAUUAUUAACACAGUUGAUUAAAUUGUGUAGAAACAUAGAUCUGUGAAAAUGUAAAUCUUGUGCGCCCAUAAGCAAAGAUAAUGUAACUGUAAAUAAAAUGGCCGAGUUGGGUCCUCGAAAUGUAGUAGUCAGGCUUGGCAGUUGUGAAGCAGCACUUGAUUACCUUGUGUAUUUGCAGAAAAAUGAAAACUUGUUAUGCAGUUUCAGUUUCUUGAUACUAAAAGAGAGCAUAGUGUUGACAGAAAUGUGUCUCACCAGGCUAACAGAAGAGUAUCGUAGAGCCACUAAAUUCUAUUAGGAGUUGGCAUGAAUAUGUUAACACUAUUCUGAUGUACCAAAUGUUGACUGCUAAUCUCAAUCUCAGUAAUGUAUCUGAUAAAUUUUUGGAAGUUCUCAUUUUCUAUUUCACUGGCGGAUUGAAUAAAAAGUAUUUGAGGUUUCAUGCUGUGUGUGAAUGAUUUGAUGGAUCUUU